CAUGGCGACGCCGGGGCGCUGGGCUGCCGCCGCGCAGCUCCUGGUCGUGGUCGUGGCAGCGGUGGCAGCGGCCGCGCUGCCGCCCGCCCGCGGCUUCUCCCUCCCGCUGCAGCGGCCCGCCGAGUGUGGCGACGCCCGCUACUUCGACAUCUCCCGCCUGGCCUGCGGGCCCUGCGGAGCCCACCAGCGACAGAGCGCCGGCGGUAGUUCAUGUGUAUGUCAGCCAGGAUACAGGAUGGUUUCUAGUAAUGGUGGGUCUUCGGUUAUUUGUGAAAAAUGCCCAGAAAAUAUGAGUGGAGUUACUCAGGAUGGGUGGAAUUGUAUUACUUGCCCUAAAGGCCUAACUUCAGAAGGAAAAUGUAAAUGCCUCAAUAAUGAAAUACUAGUGGAAAGAAGAAUGGAUGGCAUUUUGCUUAAUGAAGCAUUGUGCAUACAUUGUAAUGGAAGUGAGCAAUCGUUCUCUGCUUCAGAUGCAUCAGGAAAUAGGUGUGUAAGAUGUGAACAAACAUUCAUCAAUGUAAGCAAGUCUUGUGACUGCAGCAGCCCAAAUGUUUUAACUGGGGGAUUGUGUUUCAGUGCUAGUGAAAGCUUACCCCCGAAGGGAGUUGCAACUGUUCGUUUUGCACAGCUAGGUAUAACACUGACAUCAGCGUGGUUUCUGAAAAACCUGCAGUCCUCAGCCUCUGCCUGUUGGUUGUACUCUAAUCUAACAGCAUGCCAAGCUCUUGGAAAUAUGUGCGUCAUGAAUAUGAACUCAUUGAGUUCUUCAAGUACUGAUGCCUGUGGUUUAUUUCAGUAUAUUUAUGUCAAUACAGCAAGGCUAGGCAUUGUUCAUUCAAUAGCCUUCUGGAGGCAUAAUCUUCCAUGGCUAUAUUAUGGUGAUCAACCAGGAUUAGCAUCCCAAGCGCUUGAGGCAAAUCAUUUCCCUGCAAUCUUCAGUUUUAAAGGAACAGAUAAGGAUGUAAAGCUGCAAUUUAUUGCAGCCUCAUUUGAUGCAGCAGGAAACUUUCUGAAAUGGCAAAGUGUGGAAGGAGGCAUCUUACAGCUUUGUCCUGAUACCCAAACUAGAUUGAAUGCAGCUUAUGCAUUUGGAACAACUUACCAACAAAGUUGCAAAAUUCCAGUUUCGAAGAUUUUAUCAGAUUUUGCUAAUCCAAUCUUUUAUGACCUGUUCCUUGAAUAUAAUGGUGACAAUGGACAACAAUAUCUUUGGGCUGUGCCAGUUUUAAACUUGAAUCUUCAGUACAGUGAAAUGUUUGUUAAUCAAGGCAGUAAUAUGAACAACUGGCUUUUGACUCGUCGAUUUUUUUUGGUGGAUGCGCUAAGUGGAAAAGAGAAUGACUUGGGAAAACUACCAAGAGUAAUUCGGAUUGCUAGCAAAAUAACAAUAAGUAUUCGUCUGGUAUCCCAUACUCAGAGAGGAACUAUCUACCCUCCUCUAAUUACUAUUGCUUACACAGAUGUGCUUGUCCAAAACCCUGAAACCCAGAGUGUGAUGGUUUCCUUCUCAGUCAAUUAUGAGAUGAAUCAGUCAGAGGCUCAGAUUCAGACUGAUAUCACUCUGGGUGUAUUGGGUGGGCUUGCAGUGUUAUGGUCCCUUCUCAAGACUGCAGGCUGGAAGAGGCGUACAGGAAGCUCUAUAAUUGACUUGCAGACGGUUUUGAAGUUCUUACUGUUUUAUGCUGGAGACCUUGCCAACGUUUUCUUUAUCAUCACAGUGGGCACAGGGAUUUAUUGGCUUGUGUUCUUCAAAGCUCAGCAGUUUGUCUCUGUCCUUUUACCACUUCCAUCUCAAGAAGAAGAUUUUGUUACAUACAUAGCAUGUGCAUUUAGUUUAAAGGCUCUGCAAUUCUUAAAAUUGCUGGUUUCACAACUUACUAUAGAUAUUUUCUUCAUUGACUGGGAAAGACCUAAGGGCAAAGUUCUUAAAGCAGUUGAAGGUGAAGGUGUUAUUAAAAGUGCUGCUGCACCUGUGAGCAUAUGGAGGACAUAUUUUAUAGCAAAUGAAUGGAAUGAAAUUCAGACAGUGAGGAAGAUAAAUCCCCUCUUUCAAGUGCUUGCAGUUCUUUUUUUUCUGGAGGUGGUAGGAUUUUCAAACCUGGCUUUAAUGGAUUCUUCUUCUAGUCUUACAAGAAGCAGUGAGAGUUUCAUAGCUCCUUGGAGCCGUAUUUUAAGAUUUGGUGUGUCUGCUGCACUCUGGCUAGCUGUUGCCUUCUUACAGGUUAUAUUUUUUUCUGUGUUUUAUGAAAGAUUUGUUGAAGAUAAGAUAAGCCAAUUUGUUGAUUUAUGUUGCAUGAGCAAUAUUUCAGUGUUUCUCUUGUCACACAGCUGCUUUGGUUAUUAUAUCCAUGGUCGCUCUGUGCAUGGACAUGCAGAUACGAAUAUGGAAGAAAUGAAUAUGAACCUAAAGAGAGAAGCAGAAAAUCUAUGUAGUCAGAGAGGUUUGUUACCAAACACAGAUGGCCAGACAUUUCAGAUUUCCAUUUCAAGAAAAAUGCGACUGCACUAUGACAGGAUCCAUGAAACCCUGACAAGAAAACGUGGUCCUGCUAGGCUUUUGGACUCAUCUGCAAAUACUUUCGAACAAAGCACAAGGGCAUACAACACCAUGAACAAAUUUCUCAAUUCUUUUAUUGAUCACGUUCAUAAAGAAAUGGAUUAUAUUGUUAAAGAUAAGUUGCUGCUUGAACGGAUUCUUGGCAUGGAGUUCAUGGAACCACUAGAGAAAAGUAUUUUUUACAAUGAUGAAGGACACUCUUUCAGUGACGUUCUCUAUUAUGGCAAUGAGACAACACUGCUCAUCUUUGAUAUCCUGUUUUUCUCCAUUGUGGAUCUGGCUUCCCAAAGUUUUGUUUUAGCAGCUAUUCUAACAUAUUUGCAACAAGAGAUAUUUAGGUUUAUUCGUAAUACACUUGGGCAGAAGAAUUUGGCAUCCAAAACCUUGGUGGAUGAAAGAUUUCUCAUUUAAUUGAGAAGAUGAAGAACUUUGUUGAGGAGUUCAUCAUGGAAAUUAUGUCCACGAUCAAAGCAUCUCAGACCAGCAGAUUAAUUGUGCACUUUUCAAUAAUAAUAAUGUAAUGGGUUUGAAAUUUUAUCAUUUUUGAUAUUGUGUGCUAUUAAGCUUUGUUUUUGUGUAUUUACAAAUAUUUUUUUAAUUUGUGAAUACUAAGCCAUAGGCCUUUAAAAAGAAAGGUACGUGAAAAUAAGACAGAAGUAAACUUACUGUUGCUAUUAUUAGAAUAAGAUAAAAAAAGUGACCGCUCACUUUGAGGUGAUAAUUUGAGCAUUCUGGUUGGCAGGAGAGGUUGUCAUCUCUUAAUUUUUCUGAAAAUCCUUUAAGUCUUUUUUCUUUAAUUUAUUUUGAGGUAUAAUGUUUAGCAAACAUAUUUCCAGUUUUACACAGCACAGGAUUUGUUCUGAAUUAAGUUAAUAUUUCAAGAGGAUUUUUUAAAGAUCACUUAUUUACAGCAACUCCAAAUUGAAAUUUUAACUUUUCUUUAUUGUGUCAUAGUAGUCUAUGCUUUUGUCUCUUCUCUUGGAGUUUAUCAUUGUUUUUCUUGGGUGUGGCCUACACGUGACAAAGCUUCCUUGUGUUUGAGAUACAGUAGUGUUACAGCAAUGCAGAAAAACAGGCUAGUUAUGAUAGUGCAGAGGAGAUGGUUAUAGGUAUUUGGGGUUUGUUCCUGAUCUUCUGUCAUCUGAUGCAAGAUGCCCAGGGAAAUAACAGUAAUUCUUCUGUGAUGUCUCCACACGAGUGAAAUAGAAGCAAUUGUUCUUCUCUUUUUAGAAGCGUUUUCACAGGUGCCUAUAUAUGCUCAUGUACCUCUGUCUCUCUUAAUUUUCUGGCUUUAUUAUCUUUAGAUAUAACACAGAGACCAUAGUCAUUUUACCAUCCUCAUUUUUGGAAUUUAGACAAGUUAAUAAUUAUUCAAGUGCCACUUAUUAAGUGUUAAGGGAGAUUAUGAAUGGCCUUCAAAACACCUUAAAGUGAGGUGUCUACCUCCCAUUUAUAUCUCUAAAAAGUCUCUAUACCUUUUUAAAAUUAUGGUUUUCAGUAAAUUGUUAAACAUGAAUAGUGUUUGCUGUUUUUACAGCUGUUACUUGUCUUUAGAUGAUUCAACAAGGGACUUUCACCAGCAAAAACACCAUGAAAAUGUAAGUCAAGGUUAGCAUGCUUAUUCCAAAACAGAGACUGAGGACAUGAUUAGUUGGACCUGGCAGAUUUCUAAUGUAGACAUGCUUAUCUGAGUUGAAGCAACAUUGUAUUUCAGGUGUUUCUUGGCUUCAUAAAGAAGAACAUGUUCUCAUGUUGAUAUCAUAUCAUGAUAUUAAACUUACAGUAACAUGGACAUAAAUCUCAGGGUCACUAUUGCUCUAAUGCAUUUGCUCUUGGUGUUGCAAAACCUGAGUAGCUUGCUAGUCCAAUAUAGUUGCUAUUAACUGAUAGAAUGUGUCUGCCAGUAAGGUAGAUAGCUGAAGAGUGGAUUUUCAGUGGGACAUCCAUUUAAUAAUAUGCAGUUUAGCAUGGGCAUUUCCAUGUGAUGCUUUCCUUACUUUUGUCUGCUUAUGUGCACAAUUCUUAGUUUGUUGGUGCACGUUAGGUUCUGGAUCCGCUAAAACAGCCGAAAAUCAUAUUUCCAUUGUGUACCAUGACUGUAUGACUUCAUUAGUUGUGAGUUUUCUGUCAUAUUUCUUGUCAGUGAUCUACUGAGUGCCAAAACCGUAAACUAAGCUAAGGAGCCAUCUGAAAAAUGGUCUGCAGUAGGACAUUUGCAAGGCAAAGUUAGGCUCACAUGAUGUCUGUGUAUUUCUUUGGUUGAUAUCUUUGCAUAGCAUAACUAAACUUUCCAGAUCUUACAAGUCCUACUGAAAUGUCAGUGUACAAGAGGAAAUACAAUCUUUCUCAUGUGACCAUAUUAAUUCAAGAUGACUGAUGUAACUAAAGAGGUGUAGAAAGUUGCUGUGGUCUGUAAGUGAGCAAGUAUGACCCUAAUGAAUAACCCUAAUACAGGUCUUUUCUCACUGUCACUUUCCAGCAAUAGUACUGUGCAUCAUUGUCAAUGGUAACGGGCAGAAGCUUUUUCUCUGUGUGAAUUCUGAGGAUGUGUUCAUAAUCAUGAAGUUAUUCUAGGGAACAGAACCACACUUCAAACAUACCUCUUCCAGAAUGGUCUGAUUUAUGACCGACUUCAGUCAGAAUAACUAAAACGUAGUAACCGGACCCAGGUAAACCAGGGAAUGUCUGCAAGCAAAAUGAAGAUGCAAUUGUGGCAUCUGUAGACACAGACAUAUAGUUUUUACUUAGUCCAGUACCAGCAGAAAUGGAGACAUCUCAGCAUGUGGGCUGUCACUCUGUACCCUAUUCUCAAUGCUUUUGCUAACCAGGUACACCCUUCCAUGCAAAAAUCAUGCUUUGAAUUUGCUUUAGAUAUGCCUUUAAUUAUCUGCUGCUCAGAAGGGCAUGUGAAAGCUUUAAUGACCUUGCAAUUUGCAAGAACUACUGCUAGAGGCAACUCUUGUUACAGAUAAAUGAUAAAUUAAUCUAAAAAUGUCCUCUCAAAACAGUUCAGUUGGUUGGCCCCCUCUUGCUUCUCGGUGCACACGCUACUCUGUUGUGUUUUAUUUUUCCGGGUCAUUUAUCUAAAAUGUUAAUAUAGCUAACAUAGGCACUCUACAUGAUUUAGGAAAUAAUUACAGGAGUCAAAAGCUUCAGGAGUUCAUAGAAGCUUUUCUUCAUUCUUGCUGUCCAGUGAACACUUGAAACGGGUUGACUGCGCUUUGUUCUCCUAUUGCUUGAUAUUUGUUCAAGAAAUAGCUCUUGUGAUUGUAUUUCCAACUUAAUGUUUUUGCUUUUUUAAAAUUAAUAUGCAGCUACAAUGUGUUGUUCAUGUGAAGAGUGUCUUUCAAGUUUCUAAAUGUUUUAUUUAACAACAUGGCAUUUCAAACUCUCAUGUCUGUCCCUCUGAGCAAUAAAAAAAUUUUCAAGGA